AGGCUCUCCCCUCUGUCCUCUGGUCCCAUUACACCCAUCCAGACCUGGAAAACCAGGACCUCCAGCCGGACCCGGGUGACCCUGAACACACAAAGAAAUGCCCUCAGUGUGACAUGACUAAAGCUGGACCAUGUAGAGGACGUGACAGACGGAUGGGGCGGGCCUUCUUACCGGAACUCCUUCUAAACCCGGAAAUCCAAAAACACCAGGACUUCCCUGAAACAAGAAACACACGCUGCAUUAUGGGAUGUCACAGAUACACACCAGAGCAGGACCGGACGAUUGUGUGCAGUGGAUAUUGCGGGUUUGACUAUCCCGCUGCGACGACUCCAUCCAGCAGCAGGUUGAUGUUACAGGGUCACCACUAUACACGGACCCCUGCGGUCUGAGCCGAGUCGAACCGAGUACUGGACUGCAUCCCGAGCCAAGCCGAGACCAAGCUCACCCCGGAGUGAGACCGAAGAGACCGGGACGGUGCAGCGGCAUAAGCGAGUGUAUGGAGCGCCCGGGCACCCAGCGGCGGGGGAUCAAACCUCUACAGCUGCUGCUUCCGCUGGUGGUGGUGGUGCUCUGCUGCACUCCAGGAGACACCAAGACAGGGUGUCACUGCAAUGGGAAGGCGUUGUGUCACUGUGAUGGGGUCAAAGGUCAAAAGGGUGAACCUGGUUACGGUGGAGAACGGGGACUUCCUGGAAUGAUUGGUUACCCUGGAAAUGAGGGUCCCCAUGGGUUUUCCGGAGAGAAGGGUGAGCAGGGAGCAGCAGGACCUUCAGGACCGAAAGGCUCUCGGGGUCUUUCAGGAAAACCUGGAUAUCCAGGACCUCCAGGACUGCCGGGACUUCCUGGAAGUGAAGGACCCAUUGGACAACCAGGAUUCCCAGGAUGCAAUGGGACAAAGGGCGAUGUUGGUUACCCCGGGUUCCCUGGACCUCUGGGAACCGUUGGCCUUCCUGGUCUGCCAGGACUGCAGGGUACAAAGGGAGACUCGAUCGUCUACCCCAUUUCUCCGGAUAUUAAAGGACAAAUGGGAAAACAAGGACUGAAAGGACGAGAGGGACUGAGGGGAGAUCCAGGUCAACUCGGCCCUUCAGGACCACCAGGACCUGCAGGAAUUCCUGGAAUUCCAGGGUUUCCGGGGUCACCAGGAGAGAAAGGUCAGGAGGGUCCCAAUCCCAUGAUUCUAGGUCCUCGAGGACAGAAGGGUGAUCGUGGACUUCCAGGGAUCCCUGGACAGAAAGGAAUAAAACUGUAUGCUGAAGGACCCAAAGAGCUGAAGGGAGAACCUGGUGAAAAAGGAGAGAAGGGUUCCCAUGGGCUUCCUGGUGUCGCUGGGAAACUUGGAAGGAAGGGAGAGAAGGGUGAACAAGGCGACCCAGGCACAUUUGGUAAACAAGGAAAGGACGGACUCAUCGGAGCGCUUGGAAUUCCAGGAGACACAGGGGAUGUUGGGUACCUUGGGCCUCCUGGUAUUGAAGGAACCCAGGGGGAGAAAGGUGAACGUGGUCCUCCAGGUCUUCCAGGAGAGACUAUCUGGAAUCACAGGUUUCUGAAGGGUCAGCGUGGUGUCUCCGGGGUCCGUGGCCCCCAAGGAGCCCCUGGAGAACAAGGAAUCAUUGGUUUUCCUGGAAUGCAGGGUGAGACAGCAGCGGCUCCUGCUGGACUUCCAGGAGCUCAGGGCCCCCCAGGCCUUACAGGGCCCAAAGGAGAACAAGGAGAGCCAGGGUCCCUCAUGUACGGCACCCCAGGGGUGACAGGAAUCCCAGGGGCUCUUGGAGCCAAAGGAGAACCAGGAGAACCGGGAAUACCAGAUUUUCUGUCGGGAGAUGUCGGUGCUGCAGGAGAUAAAGGGACCAGAGGGGAAGAGGGGCAGAUGGGUGAAAAAGGAGAGACAUGCUUCGUUUGUGCUGACGGGUCCGGCUCCCCCGGACCUCCGGGUAAACCAGGAGAGUCAGGUGAACCUGGGCUGCCAGGGUCCGACGGUUUUCCAGGACCAAUAGGUGACAAAGGCGUCAAAGGUAUCCGAGGAUCACCUGGUCCACAGGGCCCCUUUGGUUUCCCCGGCAUCCCAGGGUCCCCAGGACCUACUGGUAAACCAGGGAUCAUGAACAGAGUAGGAGAAAAGGGUGAGGAAGGAGCGCAGGGGGGACCAGGACCAGUGGGUAUCGAGGGUACAAAUGGACCUGUAGGUAUACCGGGACCAAAAGGUGUUCAAGGACAGAAAGGAAACCCUGGGCCUCCAGGACAGAAAGGUGACAGGGGCCCACUUGGGGAGUCUGGUCCUAGCGGGCUGAUAGGGCAGAGGGGACCCCCAGGGCCUCCUGGUAUUGGUGUUCCAGGGCCUCCAGGACCUAAAGGCAACAUAGGGGUCCUGGGCCAGAGAGGAAGUCCUGGAAGACCAGGUGAGAAAGGUUCUCCCGGAGAAAUCAAGACAUCUCCAGGAGAUCCAGGACAGAAAGGAGAGAAAGGUUUUCCUGGAAAUCCUGGACCUGAAGGAGUGACAGGACUUCCUGGUGGUCCUGGACCUGUUGGUCCUAAGGGAGAAAAAGGAGAUGAAGGGUUUUCUGUACAGGGGCCCCCAGGCUUCCCAGGGGUCAAAGGAGUGAAAGGUCCUCCAGGAGCUCCAGGUUUAUCAAGUUUUGGUAUCAAGGGACGUGCGGGGCCGUCAGGGCCACCAGGGAUGCCAGGGCCUAAGGGAGACAGAGGUGCCGGCCUUCCAGGACAGCAGGGUCAGUCUGGACCUCCGGGAGAAGAUGGUUCUGUGGGAUCUCAAGGAAACCCUGGACCUCAUGGACCAGAGGGAGUUCCAGGGCUUCCGGGACAAGACGGACGACCGGGACCUAGAGGUUUUAGUGGUCUAGACGGUGUCCCUGGCCCAACUGGCGUUACUGGACUCUGUUUAGAUGGGGCUCCUGGACCAAAGGGAGAGGAAGGACAGAUUGGCUCCAUUGGCUUCCCAGGGGUCUGUGGCUCAAAGGGGGUGCAGGGUGAUUCUGGACUGCCAGGUGUGGGACCCCUGGGUCCUCCAGGGCCAUAUGGGACUCCAGGGCUUAAUGGACUUCCUGGGCCAGAAGGAGGCUUUGGACUGAAAGGCCUUAGGGGGACUGAUGGGAAGCCAGGAUGCCCAGGCAUCAAAGGUGACAUGGGUCCGCCUGGACCUCUUGGGUGUGCGGGGGAUGAUGGAAAACCAGGAGAGCCAGGACGAGUAGGACCAAAAGGUGAGAUGGGCAUAGAUGGGAUCAGGGGUUCUCAGGGCCCUCCAGGGCCUCAGGGGGACCAAGGGGAGAGAGGACCUCCAGGCCUCGAAACUUCUGUAACGACGUUUGGAGAUCCUGGAGUUGAUGGAAAUCCAGGGCCCCUAGGACUUACUGGCGCUAAAGGAGACAGGGGCAUCCCUGGACCUCAAGGACUUGACGGCAGCAAUGGCGUACCUGGAGAAGCUGGGCCACAAGGACUUCCUGGAGACCCCACCAGAGAUGGGGAAAUUGGUCCUCUUGGUCUUACCGGUCUCCCUGGGUACCCAGGGGAAAUGGGCAGGCCAGGAUUAAAGGGUGAGAAAGGCUCUUUGGGCCCUUCUGGUGAAGCUGGUUCAGAUGGUACACCAGGGUCAGGAGGACCAAAAGGUGCUAAAGGAGAACCAAGUCUACCUGGACUUGGAAUAAAAGGAUAUACUGGACAGAAGGGAAAUUCAGGAUGUUCGGGACCUUUAGGUUCAAAGGGAAGAACAGGAGACUCUGGGAACAUUGGUUCUCCAGGAGAAUAUGGCCCUUGUGGCCCCAAAGGAUACUAUGGUCCCGUGGGAUGCAGAGGUCCUCCGGGAACUGUGGGUGAAAAAGGUAGUGAUGGUCCACCAGGGAAAACAGGCCCUCCAGGACCCCCAGGACUACAAGGCAAUAAGGGGGCUCCUGGAGACCCUGGUCUACCGGGUUUCAGAGGAAACCAGGGACAAGAUGGGAUACCUGGACCUCCAGGAGAGAAAGGAGCCAUGGGAGCUCCUGGAUUUGGUCCCCGGGGCCCAGAGGGGCAGCAAGGUCAACCUGGCUCUGUCGGAGAUCAGGGUCUUCCUGGGACCUGUGGACCUCCCGGUCCUAGUGGUCCUGGGGGAAAUGCAGGUUAUCCUGGUCCUCCUGGACCCUCUGGUCCUCCUGGCUCUCCUGGACCCGAGGGACUCUGCACUGCAGGAGAAAAAGGAGCUCACGGGGUCUCUGGAGCACAAGGACCAAAAGGUCCCCCUGGCUGUAUGGGACCUCCUGGUCCUCCCGGUCCUGGUUAUAAAGGAGACAAGGGAAGUAUAGGAGCAAUAGGUAACCCAGGACCAACUGGUUACCCUGGCGACCCUGGUCCACAGGGCCAGCCGGGUAAAGACGGAACCCCGGGUCUACCUGGACCCAAAGGCAAGAUGGGAGAGACUGGUGUCAUUGGACCUUUUGGUUUGAAGGGGGAUGCGGGGCCCCAAGGUGAUGCUGGCUUUCAAGGACCUCCAGGACUACCUGGGUGUCAAGGACUGAGGGGUAUGGAUGCAUCCAGAGAGGUGAGGAUGGUUCCAGGAGAUGAAGGCUUGCCUGGAGUUCAGGGACCCCCAGGAGAGAGAGGACCCCCAGGGGCCAGUGGGAGACCAGGAUGUCCAGGUGUGAAGGGCAGUAAAGGUCAGGUGGGUAUCAGAGGACCAGGUGGUCGCCCUGGACCUAAAGGGGAUCAGGGAGACCAAGGACUACCUGGAACAAAAGGUAUCCCAGGUACAUGUGGUCUCCUCGGUGCCAAAGGUCUUCCGGGUCCACCGGGUCCGAGUGGGGAUGCACCAGAGAGGAAUGGCUUCCUGUUCACCAGACACAGCCAGAACCUUGUCAUCCCAUCAUGCCCUGCAGGAUCCAGUCAGGUGUACAGCGGUUACUCGCUGCUGUUCAUCAACGGAAACAACCGAGCGCACGGACAAGACCUGGGUACGUUAGGCAGCUGUCUCCCUCGCUUCACCACCAUGCCCUUCCUGUUCUGCAACACUGACAAUACUUGUCGCUAUGCCUCACGUAACGAUUACUCCUAUUGGCUGUCCACCAAUGAAACACUACCGGGCAGCGUCCCCUUCAUCACCGAAGAUUUACUGGAGAGUUACAUCAGCAGGUGUAUUGUAUGUGAGGCCAGAGCCAACGUGAUCACCGUCCACAGUCAGACCAAUUUUGUCCCGAGCUGUCCCUCUGGGUGGGAUCGUCUUUGGUUGGGAUACUCCUUUGUGAUGGAAACAGGAGUGGGGGCCGAGGGGUCAGGACAGCCUCUGUCUUCCCCUGGAUCUUGUCUGGAAUUCUUCAGGAAGAUUCCCUUCAUUGAGUGUCAUGGCAGAGGAUCCUGCAACUACUACACUGACUCAUACAGCUACUGGCUGGCUGCUCUCAACCCCAGCGACAUGUUCAGUAAACCCAAGCCUCAGACUGUUACAGGAGAGUUUCCAGACAGUUUGAUCAGCCGCUGUCAAGUGUGUAUGAAGAGGCUGUGAACAUAUGACUGACAAGAGCAUCACCUGACUCCUGACGCCUCACACCAGCAGCCAAUCACAACCUUCCGCUGUGAUCCACUUUCCUUCUGGCUAUAAUCUAUUUCAUGAUUAGGAAGAAAAUUCCAAAUUUUUGAUGCAAUUUGUCCAUAAAUUCUUCUAAAGCUAAACAAAGGAUAUCAGAAAAUCUCCUAAAUUAAAUUAAUCAGCAGCACAUGUAUCCAGUAUGUGGAUAAUACAUCUGUACAGAUAGUGCAGCUAUAUUUUUCGUAAUGAUCUGAAUGUGGAACAAGUCAAAAAAACCUUUAUCAGAUCUGCUCCAAAAUUCAACAAAUUCUUCCUUGGUUGACACCUAACACUAUCACGUCUCACCCAUUCACUCGUUCUUGCGUUCUCUUGCUAACAAACACAUGCAGACAAUCAAACUGCAAUGAAGUAAUGAAAUAGUACGGACAUAAACAGCAUAAAAAUACUCUUGACUCAUAGUCGUCAGAAUGAGACAGAGCCAUUACUCCUAGUGUCUGUUUGUACAUAUUAGAUCUGUACAUAUGUUUGACUUUGUUGUUUUCCUGAAUAAUUCCCAAAAAUUUUAAAACAACCACUUUAAUUAGAUCCACAACAAACUCCCCCAUUUACUUACAUUCGGGUCUUGCUUGGACCAGUGUGGAUGGGAAAAUGACAUAUGAUUCAGGUGCAUGUGUAGUGUUUACAUUAUGAUACGAGAAUCCCCAAAAUCUCAAACACUAGUGUCUCAUCGGCAGUUGAAUAAUAUUAUGGUGAGGACUUUGGCGAGGCAAGAAUCAAGGUUCAUCCAAAUGGAAACCAGGAUUUUUGCCCGUUCAGCUUUGUACUUGACAAGUUUAUACGGCUUUUUAUAAAGAAAGACAUAUAGACCAGGGAUUUACUGUGAAAAAUACUAACCUCAUCAUGGGUAUUUGUAGGCAUAUAAGUAGGGGAACCAUGGUAUAAAGCCAUUUAAAAAUGGAUUUCUUGUGAACAUGCAAUUAAAAACAUUCAUUGUCACAAUCAAAUGGAAUAAUACAAUAAUUGUAUGAUAUUCAAUUGAAUUAAUUCAUCUAUUCCAAACCCUUGAAUGAAUCUUGAAUGAAUGAAAAAAUGAUAAAUAUCUCAGUCAAUGUUUGUGCGAGAGUAUAUUUUUAAAUAAAGUAAGAAAAUAUUUUUUAUUUAUCCCAGUUAACUCAAUUAAGCACCACAUUUCCAAUGGUGAUAUAUCACACUCUCCAAGAUAUGGAACAGAAAAUAACAUUCAUGCUUAUGUAAAAAUAGUUAAAUGUACCUCACAACAUGUGUUGCUGAUAGCUCAUUCUCACUGAUUAAAAAAAAAAAAAACAGUUUAAUCCCAUGUUUAAAUGUGUUUAGUUUGGCAUUUAAUCCUAGGUCAAAUGACUAUGCAAUAGACACAGGGUUUUAUAGGUCUGGCAUCAAUGGGAACAUCAUUUAGAAUUUAAAUUGAACCCAUUUCAUUCUUAAAUAAACAAUGUACCCAAUCA